AUGGUCAAAAUCACUGGGUUUGAGACGCACGAUGUCCGUUUCCCGACCUCGCUGACCGGUGACGGUACAGAUGCUAUGAACACAGAUUGUGAUUAUUCGUCUGCAUACGUUGCCUUGUUCACGGAUUCCGAACUAGUCGGUUACGGAAUGACAUUUACCAUCGGACGUGGUAACGAUAUUGUAUGCGCCGCCAUCAAAGAGGUGGCAAGCCGCCUAGUCGGUAAAGACACAGAAGAAUUGUUCUCCGAUAUGGGGAAGACAUGGGACUUUAUGAUGGCAGACCCACAACUGCGAUGGAUUGGGCCUGAAAAGGGAGUCAUCCAUAUCGCAUCCGGAGCUGUAAACAACGCCGUAUGGGACAUGUAUGCUAGGUCACGCCGAAAACCUCUUUGGAAGCUUGUCGUAGAUUUUACUCCAGAAGAACUGGUAAGAUCGGCGGCUUUCAGGUACAUUUCGGAUGCCAUCACGAAGGAAGAGGCGCUGGCCAUGCUGAAAGAAAAGGAGGCGGGAAAGAAAGAAAGAGAAGCAAAAGUCUUAGAGCUUGGGUAUCCAGCCUAUGUGACUUCUGCUGGAUGGUUAGGCUAUUCUGAUGAAAAGGUCGCCCGUCUAACGAAAGAAGCCGUUUCUGGUGGUUUUAAUCAUUUCAAAAUGAAAGUUGGAGCUGAUCAAGCCGACGAUAUCCGGCGGGGUAAACUCAUCCGCUCGAUUAUCGACGACCCUCAGUAUCUGCCCGCUGGCUCCCAACCGCGUGACCCCAACGGUGAGGAUCUAAGAGGGAAGAAUGCCGGGCCGACUGGGGCAGUCCUUAUGAUUGACGCUAAUCAGGUGUGGGAUGUCCAACAAGCUAUCGACUAUGUGAAAGGACUCGAAGAGAUAAAGCCAUGGUUUAUUGAGGAACCUACCGCUCCGGACGACAUCUUAGGGCACGCAGCCAUCCGAAAAGCUCUCAAGCCGCAUGGUAUUGGUGUUGCUACCGGGGAGCACGCGCACAACCGCAUGGUCUUCAAGCAGCUCCUACAAGCCGAUGCAAUUGAUGUCGUUCAAAUCGAUUCUUGCAGGCUAGCUGGUGUUAGCGAAGUCAUCAGUGUGUUGCUCAUGGCAGCCAAGUUCGGUGUUCCCGUAUGCCCACAUGCUGGGGGAGUUGGGUUGUGCGAAUAUGUGAUUCACCUCAGUUUGAUCGACUAUAUCUGCAUCUCUGGCACCAUGGAGCGCAACGUCCUGGAGUUUGUUGAUCAUCUCCAUGAACACUUCGUUACUCCAUGCUCCAUCAAUGCUCGAGGAAGGUACAACGUACCUGUGAAUCCGGAUGAAGGAUAUAGCAUUGAAAUGUACAAAUCCAGUAUUGCCGAAUACGAAUGGCCAAAUGGAACUUAUUGGCAGGGACGACGAGCAGAAAAAGCGGAUUAG